AGUGUUCGAUAUCUUCGUAUCACCACGUGUUUUGAUACGGGUUAUUCCGGCCAGAGUUUUAGCGUUUAUACUGUGAUUAAAGAAAUCGUGAAUAGUGCUGCUGUGAAUUAAAAAUGACGAAAAAAGAUAAGCAGAUCAAAACCGAGCCUGAAGAUGAAACAGAGGUAAUGGAAGUAGAUACGUCGAUUGUAAAAGGCAGCAGCUAUGAAGACAAAUUGAACAACGUUAGUAUCAUUGCUAACCCCAUGGCCUCGAAGAAACUAACCAAAAAAAUCUACAAGUUAAUCAAAAAAGCGGCAAAGCAUAAGACCUAUUUACGAAACGGGCUUAACGAUGUCCAGAAGCACAUACGGAAGGGAGAAACUGGGCUGGUAGUUUUUGCGGGAGAUGUUACGCCAAUAGAGAUAAUGUGUCACUUGCCGGCUGUUUGUGAAGACAAAGACAUUCCGUAUUGUUAUACACCGUCCCGACAAGAUAUCGGAGUGGCGAUGGGCGUGAAACGUGGUAGUUUAAUGGUGCUUAUCAAGGAGCACCCAGAAUACAAAGAUCUCUACGAUGAAAUCAAAAAAGAAAUGGUCAAAUUGGCGCUGCCGUUGUAAGUUAUAUUUCCCACAUUUGGGACAACAUAAUCGAUUUAAUGUAUAGAAUAAUAAAUGGCGUGAGUUUCUACAACUGGAAUAUCCACGUAUGGAAUGAAAUUAGGUGAUAUAAAAUGAGAUUUUUUUUUUAUUACGAAA